AAUUACCAUUGCUUUACAACAGAAAGUCAUUUCUUGAUAUCAAGAAAUAGGACUAGAUGUUAAAAUGGCUUGCCAUAAACACGCAGCAAUACGCAAGCAAUAUACACUAAGGUGUGACCAUAGACCUACGUCUACGGUGUGACUGAGGCAUAACGGAAGUCUCUGUCGACUACACGUGACACAAAUAAGAUACUAAACUUCCCGCAUUGGCACAAUACACCACACGCAUCAUGUUGGUCUCUAAUAAAUGAUUAUACUCUCAUUCGCCCAUCGAAACAGGUUUAUUAACAGUGGAAUAUACAAAAUCAAACAUCCUUCUUCUCCACCUCUUCAUAAAUGUUUGAGAAUUUGAUCACUCAUUUCAAACCUUCCCUUGCAACAAUUUAAAACUCAAAUAUGGCUGGUCGGUACGUUAUAUCGGAUUACAAGACAACAGGAGACAACAAACCAAGAAUUAGCGUCCGGACUCGCGACCUAACAGAGGCUGAAGAGAGGUUUGCUACAUCUGCAAAGAAAAAAGUUCGGAGCGUAGUGCUUUAUAACACCGGAACCGACAUGGUUCUUAAAAUCGCUAUCGAGGGAGAACCAAUUUACCUGGUGGAGGCUAUUGAAAAGGCGCGAGAAGAGUUGGAAUCUAACGCACUUGUUAAUGAAGCUGUUGCCAAAGUAGCUGCAGGAAUCGUCAUUGAACAGAUGGUCAGAGUGAUGACAGGAGUAGAAGUUCCUGGGCUUGGUGACGCUGUUGCUGAUAAUUUUAUUUCCCCAUAUUCCGACCGUAAAGGGGAUGGAGCUGCGGCUGUUGCUGGUGUGUUUGGUGGCAUGUCUGGGGCUGUGAUCGGAAAUUCAGUUUUGGGUCAUAUAGGGAGUUUGAUAGGUGCAGCAUCUGUUGGUGCUUGUGUAUCAGCACUUGUUAAAUAUUUAUUCCCACCAAGCCCGAAAUGUACUGCAUGCAAAGGAACAGGUCUAGUUGAUGAUUUUAGAAGAUGUAAAGAAUGUUAUGGAAGUGGGUACCAUGAGUAAAUUAUUGACAAACUGUACUUUUAUUUCAAAUCAAGAAGAGUUAAAGGUAUACGGUAGUGUCCUAAAACUAAGUAAACCUUAGUGUGGCAGCUAGACUAUAUUCGUAUUUCGUACCUAUACAAGAUAUAUAUUAUAAGAUGAUGACGUAAAUCCUAAUCAAAUGAUUGGUUGAAAGCGUACACGUGACCAGGCAUUUAUUUUGCCUAACGCGUAAUUUGGGUAAUGACCGGUCAUUGCCCAAUGGUAAUGACCGGUCAUUAACACAUCUAGCUUGUUGUUGCUAUGAUAAUCAUAAGCGCGACACAAGUCAGAGGUCCAAUAUUAGAUGCGCGCAAGGCAAGGUACGCCUUAAUUUGCGCUUAUUUUAAACCAUGGGUUAUAUAAAUGAGGAUUUAAACCAUAGGUUAGAUUUAAACUUCCUUUGUGAAUUCGGACCUUUGAGUUUGAUAUGAGGGUGAUUGAUCAAAUAACAAGGAUUCAAGUCAUAAUUUUAUAAAACAAAUAAUACACAUCAUUUUGUUCGGGCAUUAUAAAAUUACUCACAC